UUUCAGUGUGUGUGCUCCCCAAAAGUCGAGUAGCGAGGAAUUUUCUCGCGACGGCGAAUUUUCCGUGUGUAGAAUUUCUGUGUGUGCAGGGUGGACAAGAGUACCCCCUCAUCUUUUUCAUUUCUCAGGGGGACACCAUUUGUGUGGCAAAAAAAUACCAAAAGCUCACCCUGAGACCCAAGAAGUGUGAAAUAUUUUUUACGGAAAUCAUUUUAGUGUGAUCAAUUGGUUUUCUGAGCUGGUGAUACUAUCUAUCUGUCUCUUUUGCACAAAGGGGAAAGUCGUUUUUUUCCCUUCAUCCCCAUUGUCAAUUGCGGCCAGUGAAACGUCAAAAUUUCACAUUGCGCCCAAUAGUCGACUACCUGGACAACACAACGAUUUUCAUCAUUGAUAUUUCUCGUGGAUUUUGCUGUGGUGUUUUUGUUGUGCAUUUUGAUGUACUGUGCAUGUUUUGGUCAGCAAAUCUGACAUUUCAUUUGACAGCUUAGCCGUGGCAUACCUAGAAAUUGUGACACUCCACUGAUAGUGUGUGUGCUCUUGAACACAACAGCGCUGUUUUUUUUAGAGCUGUUUUUAUCGGAAAAAUUUGCGUGUGAUUGAGUUUUGUUUUUUCGCUCGUGUAAAUUUGUCAUUUUUGACAGAAGCACUGAAAACAUUUGGAGAGUGUGAUACCCAAAGGCAAAACACGUCAAAUCAUCUGAAGUUCUCAGUAAGAAUAUUAUUAUUGCUCAAUUGUAGAGAUAUUUGAGUGUGUAUGUGUGGAAAUUUGUGGGAAAAAUAGUCAAGAGCGAGAAGGAGAUAGAGGGAAAAUUUGUCCUAUUCGGAAUAAGUAGUGUUUCGGUCCUAUUUCACGGUUGGCGCGUGCGUGAAUUACGUCAUUGGAGUAUAACACAUCGGUUUUCGGGAGUUGGCAGUUGUGAAUUGUACGUGAAAGAGUCGAUAUAUACCAAUCCAACAAUCCCGCCCGAAAGAACCGAAUAAAAGUCUCGCAAACAGCCAUUCUUUCUUCAUUCCUCUGACGGCCCCAGAGGCUUCCAAUUAAUCUCCCACGAGACUCAAUUGCCUCAUCACAACGGUUCUUUUCUGUCGUAAGGCCUGAAAGGUGGUGAUACUCAAUUAAUUUCUUGGAACAAAAUCUUCUCUCGGUACCAGAUAAACAAGAGGAAGCCUUCCCAGCAGCAAGAUGGCAGCUUUUGUGGCAAAACAAAUGGUGGGGAAUAAACUGAGCGCCGUCAAAGGCGCAGUGGGUGGAGAUGGCGGAGAUGAUGGUGAUGACAAGGAGAAGGCUGAGGAGGAGGAGAGGGAGCGGCAGGAGGCCAUCCGAGAAGCCGAGGAGCGACGCAAGGAGAAGCACCGGAAGAUGGAGGAAGAGCGUGAGAAGAUGCGACAAGAAAUCAGAGAUAAGUAUAACAUAAAGAAGAAAGAGGAGCCUGUCGAGUUGGUGCAGGAGGAACCCAAUCCACUGAUGCGCAAGAAGAAGACACCUGAAGAACUGGCCGCAGAAGCCGAACAGGAAGAUUUGGACGAUUUCACAAAACUGAAAAACUCAAUAGAAACACAAGUGAGUGAAAUCAAGUCGCAAAUAGAGAGCAAAUGCGUUAUGCAGUGAUAUGCUGGUCGUCAGUAACAGAAAAUGGAUUUGUGAUUCGAGAUUGAUGGUGAAUGGGCUGAUUAAUCACAUGAUAUAUAGCAUAUAUUUGAGUUUGAAAGAUCAUUGUCACAUCCGUUGACAGCGUUUGGCUAAAUUUAGUCCAUGUAGGGAAAGAAAACUAUAAAAAAAAACAACCCCUCAGCAACAGCAAGAAAAGCUAAAAAAAAAUAAGUAAAUAAAAAUAAAAUUGAGAGAUAGAAGAUGUAGAUGAAAAUUCAUUCCCCAAGAGAUUAGCCGAUAUAUGAACAACUCACGAGAAUGGCAAGUUGAUGACGAGAUAAAAAAAAAUGCGGAUAUCACGUUUAAAAGAAAAAAAUGCAGAAGGAGUAAUAAUAAAAUAUUGUAAGCAAAGAAAAGCACUGUAGAAAAUAUAAAUAACAAGAGAGAAAUUUAUUUUUCCUUAUGGCUGUUUAGCAGAGAAAAAGGUGAAGAAGGUAGCAUUAAUAGUAAAUCACAAGAAUAAAAAAAAGGAUUCACUGAAAGCAACAAAAAAAUGUCGUAGGAAAAUUAUUCAAGUUGGUUUAUCUCCUCCAAAAAAAAUAUGAAUUAAAACCCUCCCGCAAUUCGGACAAAGACAUAAUAUAGAAGAAACUAAAAAAAAGCAAGAAUAAAGUAUAAUUUUUCAUUUAGAACAUAGCGAGAUACAACUUUUGAAGGCUAAGAAUCUGCAGAUAUUUUAGAGAAUAUUGCUAAAUAGGAGAAAAAUUCAUAGAUGAAAAAAAAUCAUAAAGCAGAUAGAAACCAAAUUCGAUUGAAAAAAAAAUCGUUUUACGGGAUACAGAAAAAAAUGAUAAGAAUGAGUAGGAAAAAAAUCUGCUUUACAAGCGUAUGUGAUACAUUCGAAUUCAAUAUUUGAUAAAGAAAAAAAAAUCUUAGAAAUAUAAGGCCACAAGAUAGAACUGAGAUUUUGGCGGGAAAAAUUCUCACGCACUUGAGGUGAAAUCGUGUGAUAACUUCUCACGUGCCUGUGACAAUUUUCCCGCCAAAAUGAACGAGCAUUGAUUGAGCAGAAAAGCAGCUACAGUCUCUUUUAGAACUUUAGAAGAACACUUAACACAAAACACAUCCACACAUUCUUUGCCAGCUAAAGAAUAAAAUAUGGCGCAUCUAGGAAGAUUUCUCUCUAAAUCCUCACAAGGCUAGCAUCCUGCAAAAGCUAAUUCUCACAAAGAUAGCCUAUUUCUCUAGUUAAGCCAUCUAACCUGAUCCCCAAGUUACGAGAAAUUAUUCAAAGCAUGCUUCCAAGUUGGCUGAUUAAAAGAUAAAUUACUGCACCUAAAGGGUUUUUAGGGUUAUGUCUAGUACUGACUUUGCCAUGGUACAAUUGCAGAGUGCUGAAAAAUGACAGCUGUCAAGUAUAAUACAUUGCUAAUUGGAGCCUCUACACAUUGUGAGAAAUAUAAAUCCAGAUUACACAUUUUGAAGUGACAGCUGUCAUGUACACGUCAGUAAGAUGUCAAAAUUGACAGUAAUUGAUAAGUUUUGGCAGCUGUCCAACAUAAUUUUUGAGUACAUAGUUUAAAAGGUAUAAAAUAUUCAUCAAAGACAAGUAUUGACAUCUAUUGAAAACACUAAAAAGUAAUGCAUUUUCAAUUAAAUUACAGCUGUAAAAAUACAAAUCUGACAGUUUAAUUAUAUAUCACUGAUAGACGUCAAAGCUAUCAUCACUGUGACAGCUGUUAAAUAUUAUUUCGACAGUUUUAUUUAUUUUCCUGGAAAACAGAAAUUUCAAAUAUUUCUGAUGUCUUCAAACCUAUUAAAAGACGAAAAAAAAAGCUGUCGAAUGUCUUUUUGACAGCUUCAAGAUUAGUUUGACAGCUGCUAAGAAAUAUAUUUCAGUCAUCUUGAAAUUUUUGAUAAAGAGCGAAAAAUAUUGAAAAAUAUUAAGUUCGAAAUUAUUCAUGGAAUCGCUUAUGUAAAAUAUAAUUUUGACGGAUGACAGUUCUAAUUCUUAGAGCUGUCAUUAAUGACUGACAGCCAUAAUUUUGAAUGACAGUUGAUUUUUUUUUAAAUGGCAUAGUCAUUUAAAAAAAACUGUUUUCAAAAUUCCUAACAAAACUUGGAAAACAGAACUAGUUGACAGCUGUCAGGAUAAGUCCGAAACUAUUCCAGGAAUCGCAUGUGUUAAAUAUAAUUUUACCAGAUGACUGUUGUAUACUGACAGAUGUCAUUGAUUGCUCUCACAGCCAUUACAAAAAUCAAUCUUUAAAGUGUUUUUAAUAAAAUUUGGAAUUCAGGAAUGGUUGACAGCUGUCAGUAUAAGUUUGAAACCAUUUUUGAAAUUUCAAAUUCUAAAUGUAACUUUGACAGAUAAAAGUUGUAUGACAGCUGUCAUUCAUUGCCUUCACAGGCUUUUAAAAAAUCUAUCUUGAGAAAGUGUUUAGUAAAGCUUGGAUAAAAGGAGUGAUUAACAGCUGUCUGUAUAAUUUCGAAACCAUUCCUCAAAUUGCCUAUGUUAAAUUUAAUAUUGACAGAUGACAGUUGUCAUACUGACAGCUGUCAUUCACUGCAUUCAGAAAUCAAUGUAUAAAAAGUCUUCAAUGAAUUUGAAAAUCAGAAAUCAUGUAUUGACGUCUGUCAAGAUAUGACAGCUGUCAGCAUGACAGGUAGUGACAGCUGUCAUGCUAUAUUACAAGUGUCACCUAUAUUGUGGCGAUCUGCAUUAGUAUCUGUAUCACUGCAAAUACUCAGCUGGACAUGAACCUAUCUUGAGAAACCAUUCCUAAAACUUACAUUCGAACCAAAAAAACUCACUUACUUAGUGUUUAUCCCAAAAACCAAUAUUGUAAAAAAAAUAAGUGUGGGAGAGAAAAUGUUCAUCCAAAUUCCUAAAAAUAUUCUCCAUUAGUCUGUAUAGUUUUAACACCUCCCUCAACACUUUAGUAAACGUUUUCUCUUGAAAAAAAAACACAGUGUUUGCUUAUAAAUGUGCUGUUGCGAUGUAUCUUGCUGAAAACUAGGAGCCAAAAAAUUGCAAGGAAGGCAAGGAAGAUGGAAAGAACGCUCUCCAAGUGUCUCAAAAUGGAUGCUUUGAAAAUGUUUUAAUUGCUGUGAAAAACAAACAUUUUUAGUCGCUUCGUGAUGUCUAGCCAUUGGGACACGGAAUUGGAAAAGAAAAAAGCUCCAGCUAUGGUAAAAGAAAAAGCUCUGCAUGGUGCAGGCAAGGUUAAUAGAUAUUUUAUAUAGUUGAUUCUUGUAGCAAAAAUUUCUGCAUGCUCUUUGUCUUUUCGUCUCACUUGUCUAUCUCUCGAUGUCGUAACAUUUCCAUAUUUUCAAUGUUACACGAAAAUACUUAGCAGUAGGGGAACACGAUAAAACAACAAAAUUGCUAUCCAGAUAUUGUGACAACUUUGCAUAUUAAAAGAAAAUUUUGUGAAAGAACAAACGGGAAAAGUCUUACACCAUCAUUUGAAUAAUGUCCAGCAAUUUAUUUUGCGUAUAUCGUGUAUUACGCUUAUUUUACGACCAUUCAUAUAUCUCCUUGUGCAUGAAUUAUAUCUUGAGAAUGUGAACAAUCAUUUGUCGGUAUUGGAGGAAGAGGCACGAAAGCUCCUGCCAAGAUGUAGCCACACAAAAAAAAUAUAUAGCCAUGGCAGAAAAUUUAAUGGAGAGCUUUCGCUUCAGAAAAUGCCUCCAAAAUCUUCCUCCUGAAUCCCCCCUUCUGCUCAAAUGACAUUAAUGGAAGGGAAGGAUUUUCUUUUUAUUAUUGCAUUUUCUCCUAAGAUGGACUAAAGGGUUAAUUUCAAGGGUUUGUGGAAGGUAUUAAAAAAAAUGGAACACUUCUGAGAAAAAAACGGAAAAAAACUCACCAUAAGCUUUUACUUUAUGAGGGAAAAUUAGUAAAGAUAUUUUAUGAGAGUUACAGAAGGUAAAUUGUAGAAAAUUCCCAUAUUUAAAGAAGUAAAAAAGAAAUCAACAAUAUUUAACGUCAAUUAAAAGAAAAAACCAUCUAAUUGAUAUAUUUAUCGAAAGGAUUACAAGAAAAUUUAUUUACUGACAAUGGAAGGAUAAUAUAUCAUUGAAAAAAAAGAACAUACGAGGAAUAUUUUAAAAACUAAAAAGAUAAACUAAAACAAAAAGGGAAUAUCAGUAUGCAAAAAAAAUUAGAUGAAAAGAGAAUCAUAUUUACAAGAUUUCCUGUUAUUUUCUUAUUAUUAAAAAAAAUCUUACUAAUGUAAAUGAGAUAAAAUGCAUUGUAUUCUAACAUAGAUAAUAUUUCACAUUCUAACAUCAAACUUAAUAAAAAAAAACCAUAAGUUAAAGAGCAAAACAGCGGACCCCGUCCUUCAAAUCCUUUGUAUAGAAAUCUCUCUCGCGCUUCUCAGUGUCUAGUAAAAAAAAGCAAAGUUUUAAAGAAAAAAAAUUGUAAAAGAAAAAAUGUGAAAACUAGCAACAGAAUCUUUAAGCAAUUUCACCUUUAGGGCAUGAUACAAAAAUAUUUAUUCAUAUCUCUGAUACAUUUCACACAGCAAACAACAAACUCAUAAAUAAACAUUGCAUAAUUUCAGCAUUAAUUUGUUUGGCCUCAUUUAUCUUUUUUUUUUGGAAAAAAAAUAAUAUCAUUUGAGUGAAAACAAACAUCUAAAGAACACUUGAAAAACGUUCAUGUGAAUGAAAUAAUAAUUCCAAAUGAAUAAACAAUAAUGAAACAAUAAUUAGUUAUUGCGUUCAACUGUAGAUGAUAGAGAAAAUAAUUAACAAAAAAAUAGUUAUAUUUCGGCUGCGAAUGUCAAGAGGAAAAAAUACCCAAUUUUUGAAAUGAAAUAUUAACAUUAAAAAAAAACUAUCAAUGCAAGAAAGAAGAAAAUGAAUGUUUAAAAAAUUAAAUAAUGCGAUUGAUUGAAAAGAGUUUGGGUUGUAUUGAGGGUUGUUUCAAUAAUUUUUCCUUUUCGCUUGUAAUGAAAUCAAGGUGUUCAAAGGUAGACAUUCUAGAAACGACAAUUCACAAAAUUUUAAUUGGGAUACUUUUGCAUCUCUUGGUUUAGCUGAUACAAAUCGAAAAAAAAUCCAAAAAACAAGCAUCUUUGGUGUUAAAUGUUGUUGGAUGAUUGAUUGCCAUCGCGAGCCCAAGAAGAGCUGCAUUCGGUAAAUAGUUACUCAUCUCUAGGAGCUAAUGAUUGGUGUUAAAUUCUCUUUUUAGACAUAAUACAUUAACUAAAUGUACUCUAAGUGUCGUUCUCUCUUCCCUAUCAAAAACCCCUCUACUUAUGCUCUUUAUAUAUAAUUUACCUCUCUUUAGAAUGCUGCUGCAAGAUGUUCUGUGCAUCCCCCCUUGCUAUUUUCCUCUUCGAUGUCUCUUCUCUUAUCUAUCUCUGCAAAAUUGAUUGCAUCUUCUUGUCUGUUUUCCAACUCAAAAUAUUCUCCUUGUGUCUUUAAUGUUAAUCUAUCAAAUAUUCAAUAAGACCAACAUUGAGAUUCACUCAGUGUCUCUGAGAAAAUUGCAUUAAAGUUUCACAACCAUGAAAAUAUUAUAUAGAAAAAAAAAAGAAACGAAAAGCUAUCUCUGCUACAGCUGCACAAUUUCUUCCACAACAUUUCACUCACAAAUGUCCUCUUUUUCCAAUAAAAAAACAGCAAAACUUCAUUUUACUGGAAUUCUUUUUCUUCAUUUUUGGUGAGUAUUUGAUCUUCUGAAUAAGCUCUUUUUAUUAAGAAUUUUAAGCCACUCCCCAUUCAGGAUUUAUGCCUUAUCCACAAUUAAUCUGUUAACCCUUUAAGGACGAGAGGGUCAAAAAUCGGUGGUCAGAAAAAAUCACUUUUUCUGACCGUUUAGAGCAAAACAUAACUUUAGACGACCGUAGGAAAAAUUUCAUUUUUGGGUCACCGGUGACCCAAUAAUGGUCCUUAAAGGGUUAAAUCUGGAAUGCGCCAAAGCAUUCAAGCUCCAAGUCCGAUAAAAUAAACCGUUGAUAAUGUUUAAAGGUCUCUUCAAAUUGGGAUAAAUUUUCGUCAAAAAAUCCUUUUUGAAGAAAGUCGUCUACACUGAUAUUGGUGGAAACGUCAAAAUUCUGUCAAAUUUGCGAGUUUUGACGAGAAUAGUUCCCAAAGUGUAGAGACCUUAAUGGAAAAAAAUAUUUCAUGAAGUGUGGAUAAUGCAAUAUCAUCGAUAAAAAUCUAAAUCUUUCAAUCUACGAUUUGUAAUUAAAUUCUGGGCGGAGCCUAAAAGGUUCCACCGAAUAAGAACAAGGCCACACCCUUCGAAAGCAAUAUUUUUUAAGUUUCAUUUUUCUAACUCCCAACUAUCUAAAUUGUCUUUGUUACUAUCUUCCUACUCUAUUUUAUGGGAUUGAAGAAAAAAUGAGAAAAGGUUUUGAGUGGGAUCAGUGAAUACUGGUGGGAGGGGCUUCACAGAGGGCGUGGUUUCCUAGGGGUGUGGUUUCGGAGAGGAAGUAGCUUUCGUUGUAGCAUGGGGAAGCCUUUUCGCAAGCUUAACAUUAAUUGUAGGACUUAAGGAUGGUUUGCUAACAAUAAGGGCCUUCAAGGAUGGCCUAAAGAUCAUCCUUAAGUGCUAGGAUUAAACUAAAGCUGACGAAAAGCAGGGCACUCAAUGGGUCAAGUGGUAGAGCACUCGCUCUAUGAUGCAAGUGUCUCGGGUUCGAAUCCCUUUAGGUCACCAGGAAUUUUUCUAGCGUUAAAAGUGUUCGGAUUGCAUCCAGUGAGCUUCACUGCACUUGAUUCGACGGGGCAUGGGAUUGACAACCUCAUUCCGUAAAAGAAAAAAUAAUAAUGCAUGUCUAGAAAUCCCCUUGAGGGAAGGCCUAGUUCCUUCGUGGAAUGUUGUGCCAGCAUUAUUAUUAUUAUUACGAAAAGCAGGAGUGCUAAGGCACAGCCUGACCGUAAGGUCACUCGCAUCUAUUAGUAAACUGUCCUUCUAUUCCAAUUUACACCUAUCUUACGGGAUAUCAAUAGAAUUGUGGGCUUUCAAUAGCAGAUUGUGUACAGGAGGAUGUGGUUUAAAAAGGGGCGUGUCUAAAUCUAUUUUGAUUUAUUCCACCAUUUUCAAUAAAUAUGAGUUUCUAAUUCUAUUACUUCGUCUUUUUUGAGUAAAGAACAAGUCUUUACAUUUUGUUAUUCUAUUUAAAUAUUUUUAGAGGGUGUGGCUUAUUGAUCAAGCGCCAUGAUAUACGAAUAGGCGUGGUUUUAGAAAACUGCACGGAAAGGUCUCUUUACUCCAGAACUAAUACAGAUUGUUUAUACUACAAUUUAUAUUGAGAAAAAGGUGAAAAAUUCCACCUGCAUCGCAAAAUCUUAAAAGGGGCGUGGCUUAAAAUUUAAAAUUGAUCGAGCUUCCUCAGCGAAUCAAAUUCUCCAAAAAGUCUAAGUUGCUAAAAGAAACCUCUCCAGUAAAAUGAAGACAUUGCAAAAAAUACAGCAAAACACAUUCUUUUAGAAUAUAUCAACACGAAAAACCGUUUAUUAAGAUAAAAUUGGAAUUUGGGUGGAACAAAACAUCAAAGUCUGAAAUAAAAUCUCAAUUUUCACAUCUUUCUACGAAUUCUUAUGCGCUGUUCAUGGAGAUUUUAUCUUCGAAGAAUGUUUUAUCGUACUCUUGCUCAUGCGAAGACAAAAUAAAACAUUUUUUCAUUAAAAUUCUUGCAGUUUGCUAGAAUUUUCUUUCUUUUUCUGAUAGAGAAAUCCCCGUGCGCAGCGUAUUACUUAAAUAGAUACUUACACGACAGAGUAUGACAAAAAAAAAUAGGAGGAAAAAAAUCAACAUGUAAUACACUCAUUGAUUGCGAUAAUUUUUUGAGAAUAUACUUGAAAAAAAAGAA